CAUGAACGCAGUGGGGUUUUGUGGGAAGAUCUAUUCUAAUUUUUUAAAAGAUGAAGGGCAACGUAAAAAGCUCUGCUCCUGCAUGCGGUGCAUGCAGGAUACAACGUAAGAAAUGCUCAGACAAGUGCUUGCUUGCUCCCUACUUUCCUCCAACUGAUAUUAGAAAGUUCGUCAUUGUGCAUAGAGUAUUUGGGGUCACCAACAUUGUCAAGCUACUUCAUGAUUUACCAGUAGAGAAGAGAGGUGAUGCUGUGUCGAGCAUGAUAUACGAGGCUAGUGUAAGGAUUCAAGAUCCAGUGUAUGGUUGUGCGGGUGCAAUCCGUAGGCUUGAACAACAAGUCUCAGAAUUGCAGUCUCAGUUAGCAAAUAUUCAACUGAAGUUUCUCAACGAUCGGUUGCAAGAAGCAGGUCUUCCACCCUUCAUCUCUGCAAUUGGUACAACUAAUUCCAUACUUGACACAAUGAACAACACCCCAGAUUCAGAUGAAACGGAUCCAAUGCAAUUGUGGGAAUAUCCACUGUAGACAUAAUCGAAAAGCCCAAAUGAAAAAGUUGUACAACAGAAAUAAAAAGGUUUUCCUAUUCAGAUCAAAACUUAUAUGUUCGUUACUUCAUUGAUCAGAGACUUUCUUUAAGAUACUUUGGAUGAUAUGUUGGCU